CCGCUUGCAGUGAUCGGGGCCCUGAUCGGGCGCCAGGAAGGGCGCAACAUCGAGGUGAUGAACUCCUUCGAGCUGCUCUCCCACACCGUGGAGGAGAACGUGGUCAUCGACAAAGAGUACUAUUACACCAAGGAGGAGCAGUUUAAGCAAGUCUUCAAGGAUCUGGAGUUCCUGGGUUGGUACACGACAGGUGGGCCCCCCGACCAGUCUGACAUCCAUGUCCACAAGCAGGUGUGUGAGAUCAUCGAGAGCCCCCUCUUCCUAAAGCUAAACCCCAUGACCAAGCACACUGACUUACCUGUCAGUGUCUUUGAGUCAGUGAUUGACAUCAUCAAUGGAGAGGCCACAAUGUUGUUUGCAGAGCUGACAUACACACUGGCUACUGAGGAGGCAGAGCGCAUUGGGGUGGACCAUGUGGCACGGAUGACAGCAACUGGCAGUGGCGAGAAUUCAACAGUGGCCGAGCACCUCAUUGCCCAGCACAGUGCCAUUAAGAUGCUACACAGCCGUGUCAAACUCAUUCUGGAAUAUGUUAAAGCUUCUGAAGCUGGUGAGGUGCCGUUCAACCAUGAGAUCUUACGUGAGGCGUAUGCUCUCUGUCACUGCCUGCCUGUGCUGAGCACUGACAAAUUCAAGACAGAUUUCUAUGACCAAUGUAAUGAUGUGGGACUGAUGACGUAUUUAGGCACCAUCACGAAGACCUGUAAUACUAUGAACCAGUUUGUGAACAAGUUUAACAUCCUCUACGACCGCCAAGGCAUUGGCCGCCGAAUGCGGGGGCUCUUCUUCUGAGGCACGUUGACCCUUCCUAAUAAAGCAGUAGUGCUGCCACAUG